AUGACGGAGCAACGAAAGGAGAUUAUCGAUCCUGAAACCUUCGACCGGUGUGAUUUCCUGCCAUGCCACGAAGGUCCGAACGUCCUUCCACACGACUUGCUGUUCCAUUCCUUAUAUGAUUUGGCACUCAGGCAGAACACCAUUAUCAUCAAGGACAAAAAUACCGGACUAUGUGCGUCUCAUCAGCAAUUCAUCGGAGACAUCCUUGCUCUCCGAAGCAAGUUGCGUGCAGAACUUGACCCGAGCACUUUAACGGAUCUGCAGCACGAACGUGAAAUAUGCCUCUUGAUAUGCGCUGAAGGCUAUGAAUUCGCAGUGUCUUUCUUUGCCGUUCAAGCUCUUGGUGGUAUUGCUGUGCCCUGCAGUCCACACAUUACCCUCAAGGAGGUGAACCAUAAUGCUGAUACAGUGCGAGCGAAAGCCAUCAUAACGAGCAUCAAAUCGUUGCAACUUGCACAAGACCUCGAAGAGCAAUUCAAGUCUCGGACAAAGUCAUUCAAGGUUGUGUGCUCCACACCAGUUUUGAUCUCUCCUCUUCUGGAUCUAAGCUCUGUCACCAUCAAUUCAGGGAGAACACCAGACCAGAACAAACCUGCACUGGUGAUUUUCACCUCUGGCUCAACAGGGCCGCCAAAGGGAGUUGCCAUAAGGAGGUACAAUCUUUACGCUUUAGCAAGAUAUUUCGUCAACAACCUGAAAAUAAAUCAAGAAACCACAAUCGUUCAGUUUCUGCCUACUCAUCACGCGACGGGACUUCUCUUCAAUACGCUCCCUGCACUUAUCGGUGGCGGAUGCGUUGAGUUCAGCCAGGGAGGCUUCGAUGCAGCUAAAGUCUGGGAAAGGUUUCGGGAAGGUGGCUUACCAUCGUUCUCGGCACUUCCGACCGUCUACGUUCGUCUUUUGAGGUACUGGGAAACGGUCUUAUCCAAGCUCCCCCAAGGACAAAGCGAGAGCUACCGAGUGGCCGUCUCGACCAUUGGCAGUUUCCAUUCAUCAACCUCUGCACUCUCGCGUGAGGUGGGCGUCAGAUGGAGAGAAUUGACUGGCAAAGCUAUCACUGAGAGAUAUGGAGGUUCGGAGGUAGGAGGCGUCUAUUCCAAUGUUGUGGGUGAGCUGGUUGUCCCAGGAUCAGUUGGAAAGAAGAUACGAAUGACAGAGUCAAAACUGUCUGGUGGAGACCAUGGGGAGAUAUUGGCCCGUAGCCCCUUCGUGUUCAUGAAAUAUAUGUACGACCCAGAGGCAACCAGAAGAGCGUUUGACCAAGACGGUUUCUAUCUGACUGGUGACAUCGCUCGGCAAGAGGGAGACCUGUACUUCAUCGAAGGUCGUUCCGCAGUCGACAUUAUCAAGUCUGGGGGCUAUAAGAUCUCCGCCCUGGAUAUCGAAGAAGAGAUCCGAAGUCAUCCCCAGGUGUCUGAGGUAGCUGUGGUUGGUGUCGACGACGACGAGUUUGGACAACGAAUUGCUGCGGCUGUGGUUCUUCAUGCCUCGGCCGAAAACCUGACUCUAACUGAACUUCGCAAGUGGCUUGGAACACGCCUUUCCAACUAUAAGUUGCCGACGAUGCUUCGGGUCGUCCCUGAGCUUCCCAAAACACCGACAUUCAAGGUGCGGAAGCUGUUGAUUAAGAAAGACCUGUUCGAGAUAGCGCACCCUGACAUCCAAAUGUGGUCAGGAUCGAAGAGGAAGGCGGCAAGGCUAUGA